AUGUCCCUAGUUCUGCUGCGCGCAAAUACUCAAACACUGUGGGAAGAAGGAGCUGCUUAUAUCGGAUGGAUAUUCUACAUGUCCAAGUUCUACGAAUUCGUGGACACGAUAGUGAUUCUCGCCCGCGGGAAAAAGAGUUCUCUAUUGCAAACCUACCACCAUGCUGGUGUUAUCAUAUGUGGGUGGGCUUCGCUCAGAUAUGAGUCUCCAGCAUAUCUAGUUGGGAUUGUAUUGAACUCUGGCAUUCAUACGCUAAUGUACUCUUAUUUCACGGUUCAAUCCUUUGGAGUCUCAAUACCAAUGAGUAUUAAACGCUCUUUGACGAGGCUACAAAUUGCUCAGUUUGUGACGGGCUUUUUCUGGGGUUAUGGCUAUCUUUUCGUGAAGUAUAACGAGCCCUCAGAUACGAUGAAUGGAACUAUUGUGAAUAUUGUGGCGGCUGGCUCGCAUAUACCGAUUGAGCAGAAUGUCUCGCCGGUAGUAGGCUCUGCCUUGGGUCAUAGUGGUCGGGAAGUCUCUUGUCUAAGCGACAGCGGAGAAGCCUUCACCAUAUUAUUGACCACUGUCUAUGUCUUUCCUUUGCUAUUGCUUUUUGUGCGGUUUUUUAGCGACUCGUAUGGUAAGAAGAAUAACAAAGGGUGA